GCGCGGCGGCGCUCAGUCGCUCGAGAGCGCCUUUCACGUGUAGCACGCGGUUCCGCGCUCUCUCUCACCCUGUCAGUCGCACAGUCACAACAGCAGCUCUAACACAGCCAAGUACGUGCGGUGAGAUAGACUCGAGCGUAAUACACACGGAGCAGAUCGUAGUCGUUGGAAUUUAUCGACCAAUAGUGCCGCUUAUCGCGAGUGAAUCGUGCGCGGUUGUUGCCGAGAGGCUUUGCGCGGGAACGCCAAGAAACGUGCUCGCGAGGCCUUAAUCGAGGCCGCGAGAGCUGCGGAGCCCCCACCAUCUUGUGUAGCCGCCGCCGCCGCCGCUUUCUUCCAAGACGGCGCGACUGCGCAGCGCACGUAACGCACACCUAUAGAGGUCCGUGUGCCGUGUGCAGAGAGAGAGACGGCCGCGGGAAUUUUCAUUCUGCGGAUCCGAGAGGGAAGAGAGGAGAUAAACAACGACACGGAGUUUCGGAGUUGCUGCAGCGGUGACGUUCACUUGUCGCCCGGCAGAAGAGAGACAGUCGACAGUGCUCCGAAACCAGUGCAGUUCCUCGCUGUGACUACGUAUACUCGCGGAGAAAACAUUAUCCUGCACGAGAGGCCACAACGUUCUCUUGUGCAACGAGGACGAGCGAGAGGAAUCGUCGCAGCGCGGGAAGAGCAGCCCGCGAUUCAAAGGCUUUCUACGCCGCGCUCGCGAGCUGUACAGACGGCAGAGGAGUAGGAGGAGGCGUGCGUGCGCGAGUUAGUGUGUGUGUGUGUGCGUGAAUCUAUAUCUAUCCGCACGCCGAGCGCAUCGUUGCCACGUUUCCUCGCACAUCGCAAGCCGCUGCUGCUCUCUCGCGGGCAGUGAAACGAGGAGAUAAGCAGAGCGAGAGCGACUCCGAGAGUAUACAGAGUUAUAAUAUGAGCGCGCGGGUGCUCAACCCAGCAAUGAUGACCGAGAUGAGUCGCAACAUCGGUGCGGUCCUCGUCCAGGCGGCCAGCAGCGGUAACGGCGCAGCGGGAAGAGUCGUGCCGAGUCGGGCGGCCUUGGCCCGCGUCAGGAGGGACCUCUUCGGGCCGGUGGACCACGCGGCCGCCAAGGCUCUGGCCGAGCGCGAGCUCAGGGCCCAGUCGAUGCUCGACGCCGAGCGUUGGGGCUUCGACUUCAGACUGGAGGUGCCCAAGGCCGGCGGACACUCGCGCUUCGAGUGGGAGCUCAUCACGUCGCAGGACGUUGUGCCGGAGCCGUACGCGCUUCGAGGCAUGCCCUAUCUGAGGAAAGCCUCGCCGGCCACGCCGCGGAAGGCCAUGAGGUCGCCGAGGCUCAUCAGAAUCGGCAGCGAAUCGCCGGCCUCGCCGCUCUCCUUCGAGCACACGGCCAGCACGACGACGGCCAGCCCCACGCUGACGCCGGCGUUGAAGAUGCAGCCGGCCGCGGAGAGGACGCCGCCGCAGGAGAGCCGAGUGCCGAUAAUCGGCGAGAAGACGCCCGACGUCGUGCCGGCGAUCGCCGAGCUCAGCUUCAGAUCGAGCGAGAGGAUCAAGUCGUCGACGCCGACCAGAGGCACCGCGCCGGUGCUGUCGGCGAGAAAAGUGCAGCCGGCUAUCACUGAUUUCAUGAAGAGCCGCAAGCGCUCGAUCAACGGCGCCGCCAAGAGCUUGACGGAGCCCCCGGAGAAGCUGUCCCGCAACGCCAGCCAGAUUCGCAGCUAAGAGGAUCGAGGACGUCGCAGCAAAAGACUCCAGAAGAAGAUAAAUCAAGAGGAUCAAACAUCCGCGAGAGUCGAGGCGCUCACGGCCCGCUCCCCAACUUCGCGCGCUUUUCUCUCUCCCUCUCUACCGCACGCUCUUUCCUUCUCUCUUACGUCCACACGACACGCGGUUUCGAUCGACUCGAACUUUUGCACUGUUCCGACGAGGACAGCGAGUCUUUGUGCCAUUCGCCCAGGGUCAGUUCGCGCUUUUUGUGAUUCCGAGUGAAGGAGGACUGGAUCCGCGUGCGUAGCUUUCUUCAGCCGUGGGAGGAGGGAAUAGGCCCAUAGGAUGCGUUUUGAGAGACUGACGCGUGUAUGCGCGGGAGCAUUGACGGGGCUGUGAUGGAUCGUACCCGAUCGUCUCUCGCUGGAAGCGCAAAGUGCAAAUAAUUAACGAGAAAAGGCUUGGCCGCUUAAGAGCUCCAUUAUCUUUCAUUAUGCGUUUAGUUUAGCCGUUAAGCAGAGAGAGUAUAUUAAUGUAUUUUUUGUCCUUUAUUGCGAAUUAUGCGUGUACGCUACGACCCACGCUCGAGAACGGUUGCGAGUUGUUGUUACGCCUUCUCUCGGGAGGAUGAAUUUCAAGUGUCCCGAGGGUCGUUUAUUUUUUCUUUCUGUUCCGUUUUCGACACGAAUUUCCGUCCGGAAGGUGAGAAGACGGCCUGACACGGAGAGCUCGACGUCGAUUCGACUGCGGCAACGCCUUGACUCGACGCCGACGUUCGACAAUGGAAUCUGUGCGUGUUUGUGCAGUGUCUUCGACGGUGCAAAGGAGGUUUUCGCGAUGUAAUCCUGAAAAUCGCCUUUUCACUCGACCGGACGGAGAAACGGGCCGAUGGCGCUUACUUUUUAAGUGUAAAAUAUGUAAAAUAAAAUUCUUGAAUGUUUUUGUAAUUUUUAUAGUUAUGUAAGAGCGCAAGAGGGAAAAUCAAAGCGUUAAGCGUUAGCCGACCCGUCGAUAAGUUGGUUUGUCGUUUACUUUCUACUUAUAUUGUAAUACUUUUAUUUUUUGUUUGAGAUUACAAUUCAAAAAUACGACUUGUGGUUACACAGCUAUUUCUUCGAAGUUAUUGGGAAAUGUUAAAAAUUUGACGAUAACACGCAAAACUUGCUAGCGUGCCUUCCGUUUGAAAAAAAAAACCAAACAAACAAAAAAACAAAUAGUAAGCUUUUGAUGUUGGAACAAUAUUUUUAAUAAACGUACCUUAUUAUAAACCAAUGACGAAUUUGGACUCUUUCUUUCAUUUGGAACUGUUUUUCUAGUUACAAAAUUGUAUCUCACUCAGACUAAAAGUAAAUGCAACUCCCCGGCAGUUUUCACAAAACGGCAGGAGAGUUGCAUUUGCAAUUGUAAAACACGAGGAAAAAAACAGAAAAAAAUGUAAUAAAAACAUAUAUCUAUGUAACCCUGUGAUGUAUUAGUAUGAUCUCAGUAAUCGUAACUUAGCGCGUAUACUUUUAAAUAUGUAAUUAAGCGUACGGACAUAACAAGAAAAAUGGAUAAAUAUAGAUAAAACGUGGAAGAAAGUUAUUCCGAAUGAGUGAGCGUGCGAAUGCGAAUACGAUUUUCGAGUUUUAGAGCUAACAUCGAGAAGGGUUAACAGAUUUCCCAGUGAAUCAUUGCGUAUAUAUUGUUUUCGGCUACCUCCGAAGGACCGUUGAUAAGAAAAAUUAGACGAUGUAACAGUAAUACUAUAGUGCGUAAGUGAAAAUAGUACAUUUUAAGAGAGUUUAAUAAAAACUAACAUUAUGUAUGCUAUUGUUUAUUAUAAAAUUUAUUAAAAAAAAAAAAAAAAAAAA